CUUCUCUGGCAAUUAAUCUAUCAUGGCGGACGACGUGAGAGAAUGCGGUUUCAUUCCACGGGGGUGUUAGUUUUAUUACUAAUUUUGCUGUUUUUUAAAAGAGUGUUUGCAUACAGUGUCUUGUUUAAAGCUCCUUGCUCAGUUUUCCAUCAUGGCAGAGAAGAAUUCGAAAGGUAAGAAGCGAAAAUGGGAACCAGUAGUAUUGGACGAUCCUUUGUUCUUUGCGGGCGAAAUGGAUGGAUUUGUUUCCCUUGAAGUCAUGGAGGACUAUGAUUUAGAAGAACUAACAGGAAUUGGUGCAGGUGGACCAGUUCGGAAGAAGAAAGUAAAAGAACAGCCGCUGCAGAAGGAUAAUGACAAACAAACAGAUACCACACUAUCUACACAGCUUGAAAAAGGCAAAAAGAAGGACCAGCAGACAAAGAAGAAAAAGAAGAGAAAAAAGAAAAAUAAAGCCCAAAGUAAAGACCAGUCAGAAGAGCAAAACAAAAUGGAAAUACUUACUGACAAUAGAAUGGUGGGAGAUCCUCAAGGACCCAUGUCAGAUAUGAGUGCUUGGGAAGUCCUCGGUGUUCCAAAAGAACUUCAAAGAGGACUCAGUGAGCAAAGUUUUACUACACCAACUCCUAUUCAGACACUCUCCCUUCCACCUGCAAUAUUCCACCGCAGGGACAUCAUCGGUGUGGCAGAAACAGGUUCAGGUAAAACCUUAGCCUUUGGGAUUCCAAUCCUCACUCACAUCCUUGGCCACAAUACCAGGCAAGAAGCUGGUGAAACUACAGAAAAUACUGACAGAAAUAUUGGCACAGAAGCCACAGAAGCUGGUAAUGGAACAUCCAAGGUCAAGAAACCACUUCUGGCUUUAAUCAUGACACCAACCAGAGAACUGGCCAUACAAAUAAAAAAUCAUCUUAAUCAGGCUGCAAAACACACAUCUUUAGAGAUUGUUGCAGUGGUUGGAGGAAUGGCACCUCAAAAACAACAGAGGCUUUUACAUAAAUGUCCAGAAGUAAUAGUUGCCACUCCGGGAAGACUGUGGGAUUUGAUAUCCGAGGGUGAAGAACAUGUCUGCCAUUUGGAGCACUUAAGAUAUCUUGUGAUUGAUGAGGCAGACAGGAUGGUGGAGCAAGGCCACUUCCAAGAAUUAUCCUCAAUACUGGAACUCAUUCAUAGGAAGAGUGAUGAUGAUGAAGAUACAGGUACUGCAAAGCGAAAACAUCUACAGAAGUUUAUUUUCUCUGCAACGUUAACUCUUCCAAAGUCAUUCAAGAAGAAAGGGAAAGAAAUGAAGAUCACAGGUGAAGAAGGCUUAGUGUUACUGAUGGACAAAGUUGGGCUGCAGAAAAACAGUUGUAAAAUUAUCGAUGUCACCAACAAGAGAGGAACGGUAGAAACCCUGACAGAAGCAAAGAUUUCAUGUUCAAUUGAAGAGAAGGACCUGUACCUGUAUUAUUUCCUAUCACGGUACCCAGGUCGCACUUUGGUUUUCUCCAACACUGUGGACUGCGUGAGGAGACUGGGCUCAUUGUUUAGGCUACUGGACUUUGACCCGUGGGUUCUGCACGCCAGCAUGCAGCAAAGGCAAAGAUUAAAGAAUUUAGACAGACCACCAACAUUUGCGCAACCAUUUCAUGUCAUCCCACAUUCCUUUCUCUAUGUCGGUUUACAGCUUUACAUUCACCGCAGUGGACGGACAGCGAGAGCGAGCAGGGAAGGUUUGAGUGUCGUUCUUGUUGGCCCAGAAGAAAUGGGAUCGUACAGGAAAAUCAUGAAGGCGCUUAAUGGAGGAAACGAGCUAGAUUCCUUUCCAGUUGAUGUGUCUUUUAUGUCAUCCAUAAAGAAAAGAAUUUCUCUCGCUAAGCAGAUUGACAAGGAAGAACACAAGUUUAAGCGCAAGAAGUCAAGUAAUGACUGGAUACUUGCUUCUGCCAAAGCCAUGGAUAUUGAAGUUGACGAAGAUUUACUGGAAGAUCUCGGAGAUCAGGGAGAAAGAAAAGUGCGACAAGUAAAGCUGAAGCAAAUUAAAGCGGAGCUUGCUGGUUUGCUGAAGACACCUCUGAUUCCUGCUGGUUUUAGUGGAAAGUACCCGACUAAAACUGGAUCUCUCAUG